UGCCCCACAACAAAUUCCCUCACCAUAUUGCAUCGUCCAGCUUGGCGUGCUCUAUCAGGCUCUAUCCUGCUCUAUCUUCCUCCCAUUCUGUUUUUUAAUUCACGCAUCACCGUCGGCGGCUGAAAUAAUUCUACGCAAACACCGGACAUAAUCGAUAUAAUUCGGGUCAUAAUGCAAAUGAAUCAUGAUGGCUGAUCAACGCUUAGCUUUUUCUACGCAUCUUCUUCCUUACAUACCCAAAAAUCGACUUCACCAACACAUAGAGGAUUUCCCUUUCUUCAUCUUCUUCAUUUCCUUCUGCUGUGCAGCCAUACCACCGAACAGUCAAGGGCUGGCUCUUUGACUGAAACGAAACGAGACUCAUUUUUGUAAAUUUCUUUCUUUCUUUCACCGACCACUCGUCUUGUACGACAGGGCUUGAAUUACUUGACGGGCUUGCCGUACUUGACCUACUCGACCUUAAAUAACGAUGGUUUCGCCCUCUUCCAUUACUACAACUACCCACAAGCACAGGUCCAUGUUCGCAGUCACUAGCGUUAAGACUCGCAUUAGGACCCACAUGAUCAUCGCCAUGUUUCUUCUGCUAUCUUCUUCAACACUGAUGGAUAUUAGCGGGGGAUAUGCUUCGCCUAUUCCUACCUCGCCAGACCUUGAUCUUGCUCCCUCGUCUGUCACCACCGGCACAAUUACCGAUCCCAGGUCCAUCCCCAUCCCCAUCCCAGGUCCAAACGCGACAACCCUAACCACCAAUCGCGAUAUAAACCAAUGUAUUUCUGCCCCCAACUCGCCGGAUGUCGUCGCUGUCUCUGUUGCACGGAAUAUGGGUAUUGUGGUUGGAGGUGCUGGUGGUGCUGGUGGUGAUGACGACGACGACGAAAUGACCGCUCACUCGAAUUUCGAGCGGUCCGGGCACCCACUUCGAAAUUUUCAUCUUCUCCGCCGCCUGUUCGGCCCCCCUAAACUGGAACCCUUACCUAUGAAAAGCGAACUGGAGCUAUUAACGGAUGAGACUACACAUGUGUUGCUUGGGUUUAGUUAUGCUACACAGGUCCACGGGAACCAGUAUAUUAGGCAAGAAUUCCCGUUGAGAGAACUUUUUCUCCCUGAUAGUACUUUGAAUGACAAACCCGGGGGUGAUAUGAUUUUAUUGCCGAAAUCUGGAAUGGAAAUCAAAGACUCAAAGAUGCUUUAUUGGAGUUGUUUCGUAGUUGCCAACCGUCGAGCAUGGGUUAACACAAAACCCAAGAUGAUAUAUGUCACCCAAGAUCCUACCACUACACCCGGAUCAACACCGCAUCCAACAACUUUAACAAGUUCAUUCUCGACCCAAAAGAACAUUGUCUAUACUCAAGAACAAGCCCAAGGCAACAACGAGAAAAAGCGAACCGUCAUGCGUAUACCUCAAGCAUUCUGGAAGACACAGAAAGAAAAUUUGGGGAUUACCCCGAUGUGUGUCGAUUCACGGGGUGAUGGACCCGGAACCACAACUGUUUUAGUACAUGAGGACCUGUUCGCCGGGAACAUGGUGUUGAGCCAGGGUGCGCAGUGGCAGAAGUGGAAAAAGAGUAUUGAGAACUGGCCAGAGGGGCUUAAGGUGUGAAGCGCAGAAAUCAUAUGCGUAUCCCUUGUCGCAAUCUCAAGGGAUCCAAUUUCGAACGGGCGGGCGGGCAGAGGAUGCGAUUAAAGCCUUGGUCAUCAAAUAUAUGUUUCGAAUUGAAACUUCUCGAAUUCGACGACUAUCAAUCGCUGUCUAAGGCUCCUUCCCCGUCCUGGCCUCAGAAGCAUGUGGAAGUUUACAACAAAGCAACAAAGUUUCUUCAUGACUACUUCGGAAUUGAAGGUCCUCUGGAGUUCCAAGCAGGCCCAACCCACUUCUCAAUCCAUUUCCUAGCCAACUCCCUCAUUUUGCUCGUGGCCUGAGGCUCUUCGUAGGCCACAGAC